AUGAAUUUGGACAACAAGCCCUCCUACCCAAAUCCCGACUCAACGCUUCCUUUUUGGAGAAUAGAACCUCAUGAGUUGGACAGUUACCGCAGUAGCGAGAAUAUGCCAACCGAAUGUGACCUCGUGAUCAUUGGAGCAGGAUAUGCUGGCACAGCCACUGCUUAUCAUCUGUAUGAUGGCAACCCAUCGCCUCCAUCAAUCGUGCUGUUAGAAGCCCGUCAAGCAUGUUCAGGAGCCACAGCGAGGAAUGGCGGCCAUCUAAGACCAGAAGUCUACUUCGUUGCUCAUAUCCAAGCAAUCAAGAAGCUGAUCGAGAAAGAGCACAUUGACUGCGACUUUACUCUGACCCGGACCUUUGAUGUUUUCCUAGACGAAGAAUUCGCCAACAAGUCCAAAGAAGCGUACGAUAGCAUGGUAAAGAGAGGCUUGACUUCUAUUCAAGACGCGCACUUUACACCAGCAAAGUAUGCGGAACGAGUAUCCGGAGUCAAAGACGCCAAAGGCUGCUUCAGCUUCACCGCGGCGCAUCUCUGGCCUUACAAGUUCAUCAUGCAUCUUCUCGGCCUCGCAGUUGCCAAAGGGCUCAAUUUGCAGACCCAUACGCCUGUAACGCAUGUAACUUCGACUCCGGACGACGGCGAGCGCUACGCCGUCACCACUCCCAGAGGAAUCAUCACAGCUAAGAAGGUAGUCUUCGCCUCGAAUGGCUUCACGGCCGGCAUUCUUCCCGAGUACUCGCAGAAGAUCGUGCCUUGUCGAGGGAUAUGCAGCCGUAUUGUGGCGCCUGAUCCAAACAAGGCGCCUUAUCUGAACAAUACAUAUAGCUUGCGGACUGGCCAUGGCAUGUACGACUAUCUGAUUCCGCGGGUGGACGGAAGUAUUAUAGUUGGCGGCGCCAAAGCCACGAUGUCGAACGACAAAAGCGUGUGGUAUGACAACACUAAUGAUAAUGAGCUGAUUGAGCCUGCAAAGGAAUACUUCGAUGAAUAUAUGCAACGACGAUUUGUCGGGUGGGAAGAAAGUGGAGCCUAUGUGGACAAAGUGUGGACUGGGAUAAUGGGCUACACCUCCGACCUCCAACCGCAUGUCGGUCCAAUCCCCGGAAAGUCAAAUCAAUACAUCGUGGCCGGCUUCAAUGGCCACGGCAUGCCCAUCAUCUUCCUUGCCGCCAAAGGAGUUGCGGAGAUGAUCAGAAACGACAAGACGUUUGAGCAGACCGGGCUCCCGAGAGUAUACAGAACGACCGAGGAAAGACUGCACAGCGACAGAAAUGUCAUUUUUAACAAGGCUCAUUAG